GCAGACAUUGUCCUGUUCUGUGCUGUAUAUGCUCUUUUAAUGUCAAUCUCCCGAGCCAGAGCUCAACUUUCCACUUACCCCUGAAAUCCCAAUCUGCCAAAAUGAACGACGGCUCGUUCCUCUUCGGUGUGGAGAUAGAACUGUUCCUCGGAAGCCGCAAGCAGAAAAACCCAACCUUCAAGUCCCUUGCCGAAGAAGUGAACAAGCGACUCACCAAGGCAGGCAUCGCCAACCACAUCAAGGCGAGCAACGACAAGUCGGCCAGCAAGUACCGCAAAUGGUCGCUGGUGCAGGAAGUCAGCAUCCCGCCGUCACACGACCACUACGGCAUCGAACUUGUCUCCCCCAUCUACCCAGCAACGGCAACCUCCCGCUGGCAGUCUGACCUAACCACCAUCUUUGCCACGCUGCACAAGCACUUCCUCAUCGCCCCCUCCCCCAAAUGCUCCACCCACAUCCACCUGUCCGGCACCCCCGUCCCGCUCUCCGCGGGCGAGCUUGCCGCGCUGGCGAAGACAGUCUUGUACUUUGAACCCGCGCUGGACAGGCUCAUGCCCGCUGGCCGCCGCUCGAACUCAGAGUCGUACUGGUGCCAGAGCAACCGCUGCAGUCCCCCGCUAGCGGGGCUGUCGCUGGGGGAGUGUCUUGCUCGGCUUGAUGAGGCUGCCGCUACUCCUGGUUCUGGUGAUGCGGGUGUGGAACGGGUCGUGGAGUGCAUGAAUCUGGUCUCGGCUGACUCGCCUUUGGGCAGGGUGCGUCGCAUGCAGGCUCAUGAGAGCUUUCUUCAUGGGAAGGUGUACAAGUGGAAUUUUACUGGUGUGACGCCUGGUGGAGGUGGUACCGGGACGGUCGAGUUCCGCCAGCCGGGAGGGUGUGUAACCGCCGGGGACGCUACUGCGUGGAUUGUUCUGACACUGGCAUUUGCGGUUGGGGCUAUGAGCGUUGGACCGGGUUUGGGUGAGGGAGGGGUUUGGCCCGGUGCGGGUGAGUCGUUGGAUGAGUUGGAGUGGGUGCUGGAAAUUGGGAGGGAGGCUCUGGGCUGGGGAGAGCUGGUGGGCGUGGGCGAGCUGUUUGCAAGGGCGGAAACGGAAGGCAUGUAUUAGGGUGGUGCUCACCGUGCUUGCGGAAUUAGCUGGAGGUGGUACACCAUCGCGUAGCCAGUAGCAGGGAAGGGGUAGAUUGUACAUCGUGAAAGAGUAAAGGUUAGUAGUGGUUUAGCUGAGGUAUCAGGGGGCAACUGUGGCUGGGUUGAACCGGACAGUAAAGCAGUUCCAGGAAAACCGAUGAGGAGCGGGAU